AUGCUCAAACGCCACGUCUACCGCGCGAACCCCGCCUUCUCCGAUGCGUUCUUCCUCGACAGCGGCACCAUCACCGGCGGGGAGCGGCGGAAAAAGCUCAUCGUCCUCCCUUCCUACCGCACUUCGGUGAUUUCGUUUGUGGAUAAAAAAAUCCUCAAAAAGGACCUCAACAACCAUUUUUAUGUCCAACACCCCGAGCUGGAGGUGUGCGGGGUCAAACUCACCCAUUUGCGCAAAAUUAAAAACGAACUUCUCGUCUACGCCCUCGAGGACGACUCCCCACUUGAGCUUUCCACUCUUGCCCACGCGUAUUGGUAUUUUGAGCGAUUGGUCAUCCAGGGGAUGGUCAGCAAGGCGAAUCGUAAAGUCCUUCUCGCGGCCUGCACCCUCCUCGCGAUCAAAUUCCUCGAGACCGGCGAUGUUUCGCGGAAAUUGCAGUACUUUCACAAUCGAUGGCGGCUUUUUCACUUCGUUUCGGGUAUGCUCGUCGGCAGCGAGGCCGAGGAGGAUGAGGAUAAUAUCAAAGUCGAUUGGAAGCAGGUCGAGCGGAAUGAAUUUCCGGUUUACGUCGGCCUCGACUUCACCCUCCUGCCGGACCUCGGGAGCAAUGUCAUCACCACUCAUAUCGAGCGCCUCCUUCAGCAAAUCAACGUGACCUUUCAGGAAUACUACAGCAAAAAGUUCGUUUCCCCGGGGUAUUUGAAUAAAUACAACUACUACAGUAAUCUUUAUUAUUAA